CGAAAUUAGCCCGAAAAAGUAAAAAAAAGGAAGCCCUAAAAUUAUCUUUCGGUCGCCGGAAAAAGAAAAUUUUAACUCACGACUUCCAAGAAUUUUUAAUUACUAGUUUGUUGACUUUUUGCCACCAAGCCGAAUUCAGUAAAAUUCCGCUUGAAAAAGAGCAAGUACCCAAAGAGAACGGAACUUGCGAUAAAUCCGUAUUUAGCCAUUUUCAAACUAAAUCCGUGCUGCGUUUUACUUUUACUCCGGAGAACGCCGAACUCGCCCACCGCUUUUUUAAUAGUUUAGACGAUUACGAGGAAGAAUACGACGUCACGGAAGCCCAAGAAUUUUUUAUUCCGCAAAUCACCGAUCCGAUUAGAAGUCGCAAUUCCUAUUUAAAUCGUUGUCAACGAAUAGCCACCCAACAGCGUUUUAUUAAAAUAGACGCAGUGAAAUUAGAUAAAGGUGUUAUUUGUUGUAGUUGCUCGGAAAAGUUGAAAAAUCCCCAAAAGAAACUAAUUUGUUCGCGUUGCGGACGAGGGAUAAGACCGGGCUACGAGGAACAAUGUGAUAAUUGCGACGACGGGGUUUUCCAUCUCCAGAAAUUUCCGCCCCCAGAACCAAAUCCGGACGAACCUAACCCACCCGAGAAAAAUUUUUCUCCUCCCGUAGUUGCCGAACCAGCCAAAAGGCAAACUCCACCCCGCGACGCCCAAGGGCGUUUUAUUAAAAAAAAAAAAAAUUAUCCAAAAGAAAAAAGGGGAGAAGUUAUGAAAAUUGGAACAGUUGUUAAAGGCUCCUACAAUUACAUUUACUACUUACGUUUAACUAUUAAGGAAGGUCAUUUAGAUUUACGAGAUUUUGUGAAUUUACGAGGACUGUAUUUAGCGAGUGGUAAAAUUACUAGCAUAGAUUUAAGCAAGUGUAUUAAUUUAGAAAAUAUUCAAUUAGCGGACAAUCUUAUUACUGACAACCUAAAUAUCUUCUCCCAUUUAACCAAGUUAAAAAGAUUAGAUUUGGGAUUAGAAGGGGUUUCUAUGGUAAGUUCUCCUAAAAAUCAUUAUGAUUAUAAAAACAGCUUCCCUAGUUCUUCUUUAAAAUCUUUGGAAAAAUGUAAAGAAUUAGAAUUUCUAUGUAUUGCCAAUUUACCGAAUAUUAAAGGAGGUUUAGAAUUUUUGCCCGCCGAAAAACUUACUUUUUUUGGUUGUGUGGGAACAGAAUUCGAGGAGCAAGUAAAGCCCUUCAACUAUAAUGUUAAAAAUUGGCAAUUAGCCCAAAAGGGUAAAAAAUACCAAGAAUUAGAAAACCAACUAGAAACUCUAAAAAAAGAAAUUUCCAAACUGGAAAAAAAGAUUGAAAAAUAUGAAACCGCCGCCGUGGAAGCCAUUAAGCGGGUAGAAAGCAGUAGUAAUCGCCUUUUGGUUAGUUCGGAAGGUUUAGAAUUAGGUGAAUUAAAAGCCCGCCACAAAGAACUCCAAGACGAAUAUAAAAAAGCCUUGGAGAAAAAGCAAUUAACCGAAAUAGCCCAAGAAUACCAAACCAAAAAUGAGGAAUUAGAACAAGAAAAACAAACCGCCCAAACGCAAUUUCAAGAACAACAAAACCGGAUUACCGAACUAGAAGCCGAGAACGCUAGUUUAGGAGCCUUAAAAUUGCCCGAUUUUCGGGCAGCCUUUACUAAAAAACAAGACGCCAAAAGCAUUUUAACCGAAAUUGCCGCCGGUAUGAAAGAAGUUCGUGAGGAGGACAAAAAAGCCACCCUAAUCGAACAACUAAUCAAGCAGAAAAAACGGAAAGAGAAAUAG